CCCCGCCCACCACCGGUGCUCUCGUCCUCAUUUUCCCGGCGCUGGGUGACACUGAGCUCGCCCGCGCCACUGCUGGCUUUGGGGCACUGUGCUGGUCGGCGGAGUAGGCGGCCAUGGGGAGCCUCCGCGGCCUGCGCCUGGUGGCUGGAAGUUGUCUUAGGUCAUGUGAAAGAGAUGCUUUCUCAUCUUUAAGGCUUACCAGAAACUCUGAUUUGAAGAGAACAAAUGGAUUUUGCAGCAAACCCCAGGAAAGUCCAAAGCCUCCAACCCACACUUACAGCCACAGAGUGCCACGGCACAAGCCUACGGACUGGGAGAAGAAGAUUCUAAUACGGUCAGGUCGCUUCAAAAAGGAAGAUGACAUUCCAGAGACUGUCUCGUUUGAGAUGCUUGAUGCUGCAAGGAACAAGGUCCGGGUGAAGAUCAGCUAUGUAAUGAUUGCCUUGACAGUGGCAGGAUGCACAUUGAUGGUUAUUGAGGGCAAGAAGGCUGCCAGAAGAAAUGAGACUUUAACAAGCCUGAACCUAGAAAAGAAAGCUCGUCUGAGAGAAGAGGCUGCUGUGAAGGCCAAAACAGAGUAGCAGAUGUAUUGGUGUUGGUUGGAUUUUGAAGAUCUAGAAAUAAUGCUGCAGCAAUAGGCCUUACUAAAAAGAAUGUGGUAUAUGAGCUUCCCUAUUUCCACUCUAGAGCCACAAAUAAAUUUUCUUAAA